UUCCGACAAAUCCCCUCUCGCGCGCUCUUCCACUGGCUAUGGAAGACGCAAGCUGCAAUCCUCGAAGCCUCUCAUGGCUGGUGAAAUCCUGCAUCCCGAAUCCCCACACCGACACUCGCCGGAAAACCAUCUUACUCCCUCGCCUCUCCGACAACUCCACGCCGGAAAACCGCCCGGAAAACCACCCAAUCCCUCACAAUCUCACCUCCUUCUCCUCCCUCCCUGACGACCUCCUCAUCGAAACCCUCUCUCGAGUAUCUCCCUCCUCCCUCCCCUCCGUCUCCCUCGUCUGCCGGAGAUGGGCCCACGCCCUCGAUUCCCCGGCCUUCCACGAUCUCCGCCGUACACAUGGCCGCAUUCAACACACCCUCUACGCAGUCGCCGUCUCCGAUUUCGGCGUCCUUUCCGCGACGCACCGAAUCGGGUCCGACACCUCCUGGACCACGGCCCCGUUCCCCGGAAUCGAAUCCCUCCCGCCCGAGAUCUUCGACGUCUCGUUUUCCCACAUGCGCAUGUUAGCGCUCGGCCGCUCGAUCUACGUCGUCGGCCGGAACGCGACGGUCCGCUACGACACGUGGACGGGCUCCGCCACUCCAGGGGCGCCGAUGCUCUUCCCCCGGAAGAAGUUCGCCGCGGCUGCAGUCGGCGGCCGGAUCUACGCCGCCGGGGGUGCUGCGUGCACCGCGUCGGUGGAGGAGUACGAUCCGGGAUCAGACACGUGGCGCGUCGUGGCGGAGGCACCGAGGAGGCGGUACGGCUGCGUGGGGGCGGCAGUGGACGGGAUCUUCUACGUGAUUGGGGGGCUGAGGAUCGGUGCGCCACGUGGCGGGAGGAUGGAGGCGCACGUGUACGCUAGCUCAAUGGACUUGUAUGACGUGGAGGCCGGCGCGUGGUUGCGGAGCCGGCACGUGCCGGGUGGCGGGUGUGUGGUUGGCGCGUGCGGGGCUGGCGGGUACGUGUACGUGCUGGCGAGCCACGCGGUGGAGCUGUCCUUCUGGAGGUGGGACGGGAAGAGGGGGAGCGCUGGGUUCGGAGAGUGGUGUAGGUUAAAGAGCCCACCCUUACCGGCGCAAGUUAGACUGGAUAGCGCUGUGAGGUUCUCCUGCGUCGGGAUUGGGGAGAGGGUGGCGCUUAUACAGGUGUUUGGGUGUAUAGACGAUCUGCUAAGGAGGAGCGGGCGCAGCUGCAGGGGUUUGAAGGAAGGGCUGGUUUUGGUAUAUGAUAGCGGGCCCGGGGAGUGGAGCCGGGGCCCCGACCUGCCCGAAAUGUUCCGGCGUGCGGCUUGCGUCUGUGUCGAGUGCUAGCGUACGUUAGCGACCAUGCGGGGGCGAAGCUAUCUUACACCUGGGGUUGUGCCGGGCACUGCGAAUCAAGCAUUGCCGCCCGGUCAAAUGUCUUAUGCACGUGCUGGCGUACGUUAGCGGAUAUGCGUGGGCAAAGCUAGCUUGCUCCUUCUGGUCGAGCUGCACGCGAGGACGAGGUUUAUGUGCUGCGGGUGCUCGCGCACGUUAGCGGAUGUGGGAAGCUGGAGCUAUCUUGAGCAGGGUGUAGUGGAGCAAGGUCGAAAUCCGUUUGCGUUUUUUGGUCGGCCAUUUGCGCAAGGCGGAUGCAUUGUGCUAACCUGCGCCCCAUGGCGACAUGACACGAGAGAAUCUGCAUUUUGCGCUUUGUUCUUACGGAGGUGGAUCAUGCCCCAAAAGAUCAAGAUCGCCUAGAUCCGACGAUCCUAGCCACUGAUUUCAAAUGUUUAGAAUAUGAACGUUGCUGUAUUUUUCUUCCUAGCCAUAGAUUUAUUAUAGGACCAAUGGUCUUGAUUGCAUUGAUGAGAUUUCAGGGUCGGUAUGAUCUGCAGAAUGGCAUGUAAUAAACCAACGACCCGGAUCACAGGAAAAACGUGCAUUGCUUGUAAGGAAGUGAAGCCCAACCAACCUCUUGAAGAUGCAUCUUUUAAAUGAUCCAGGCCGUUCAUGUGUUGGGCCUCACUUUGGAGUAGACUAUUUCAACAGAUUCUUUUUAUUUUAAUAUUGGACGGUCUAAUAAAUUUAUUAAUAAUAGAAGGUUUUAAAUCUUUUAAU